UGAUAGAACCAAUAUUUUAUGUGCUAAAUUUAAUGAUGAAUCGAUUGCCAUUUUUAGUGGUACUAGUAAAAAUAUUAAUGUCACAAAUGAUCUUUGGAUAUUCAAUACAUUAACAUCGUCAUGGAGUUUAAGCAAUUCAAUAGGUGCACCAUCAUCUAGGUUUGGAUAUUAUGCAAUAUGUUUACCUGAUGAAACAAUUCUAUAUAUUGGUGGAAUUAUUACUUCAAGUCAGUCUGAAAACUAUUUGCCAAUGAAUAAUACUACACCUACAUCUGGUCCAACUCCUCCUCCCCGUGUAUUUUUCUCAGCAGUAAUAAGUAUGUUAUUUAAUAUGUAA